AUGUACUCCACCAAGCCGCUCUCCGUCUUCAAGAGCAACCAGGAGGCGUCCUCCUGGCCUCCGCCGCCGCUGGGCCAGAACUCAGGUUACCUCGUGGUACAGGGCGCCGGCGAGGACGAAAAUGACGACGAGACGUGCUGCUGGCGCUGGGGUCAGUGCGGCGAGUCGCGCGUGCGCGACCUCCCGUUCCCGCAGAACCGCGUGCUCACGGUCCAGUACUCGCAGUCGCAGAGCACCGGCAAGAGCACCUCGUACCACGGCAAGCGCACCAGCAGGAGCACCGCGUACCACAGCGAGAGCACCUCCUACACCGAAGAGGUCGUGUUCGUGCCGGUCCCCGACCAGCCGCUCUCGUCCAACCGCUACUACGCCGUCAUCGCCUCCGGCAAGCACAAGGGCCUCGUCAGGGCGUGCUCCCGCGAGGAGGACAUGUCCGCGUGCUGCUUCUGCCGGUGCAUCAAGGACGUGAAGCCGCGGCCGUUCGACCCGACGGAUAUCUACCAGCAGAUGGAGGUCGUCCGGCGCCGGCGGGGCCAGUUCACGGCCAAGGCCGUCGCGCCAGACGGCUUCCCGAGCUAUCUCUACCGCCAGAAGUACUGGACCGUGCAGGCCACCAAGCCCAAGAGCUUCGCCCUCGCCCUCGGCGACGCACCGGGCCUGAACGCCGCGCAGAGGUCGCGCGUCCUCGACAGCGCCUCCCCAAUCACGCCGACGACCGUCGGGAGAUGGUAUUGCCCGUUCUACCUCGUCAAGGAAGACGGCGUGUCCCCGUCGGCGCAGAUGGACCGCGCCGCGUUCUAUGAGGUGGUGCUCGAGCAGCGCUGGGAGCCGGUCCACGACGGCACGAAGCUGUCCAGCAAGACGGCGCUCAUCGGCGGGAACCUGGAGGCGAGGUUGGAUGUGCCGAGCCGCUCGCGGCAGAGCGACGGGUACGUGUGGGUCAGGGCGGCGGCCGGGCAGAGGGUCGGGGUUUGCGCCAGCGUGUGGGAGAAGAUGCUGUGGGAGGAGUACAGGGGCGGGUGGGUCGACGAGGAGGAGGAGGCCGGGAAGGUAACUAUGGCUGGAGAGUUGGUGCUGGCAGAGAGGUUCGUCGUGAAGAGGACGGACGGCAGCGCCGCGGUGGCCUUCGACUUUGUGCACCUCAACAAGGUCAGGGGAAAGCAGGUCUGAGAAUCUGAGAUUUCAUUACUGCACUGCAGAGUGUACAUCUGAUCAGAAUCUUCACAUAGUUUGGUGUUAACUGGCAUGGUACCCAGGUGUAUUGCUUAAUUUUUAAAAAAUUACAUUGUGAUACAGUGUUGAGUGUUGUAUAUUGAGUCAGGUCACAUUAAAUAUAACUAGAAAUAUUCUUUCA